AUGCUGAACUGCAAUAUAUGCUUGGCCACAGGUCGUGAUUUAAUUUGUAUCCAGUCUAUGGAUGGGAUGCUGAUGGUGUUUGAGCAGGAAAGCUAUGCUUUUGGGAGGUUUCUCCCUGGUUCUCUUUUACCCGGCCCUCUUGCUUACAGUUCCCGCACAGAUUCCUUCAUUACUGUUUCUUCCUGCCGUCAAGUGGAAAGUUACAAAUACCAAGUACUUGCUUUUGCAACGGAUGCAGAUAAAAGACAAGAGACUGAACAACAAAAACAUGGGUCUGGAAAAAGACUAAUUGUAGAUUGGACUCUAAAUAUUGGAGAACAAGCCCUUGAUAUAUGUAUUGUAUCUUUCAAUCAGUCAGCAUCUUCUGUUUUUGUUCUUGGUGAGAGAAACUUUUUUUGCCUUAAGGAUAAUGGACAAAUUCGAUUUAUGAAGAAACUUGAUUAUAGCCCAAGUUGUUUUCUCCCGUAUUGCUCAGUUUCUGAAGGAACAAUAAAUACUUUGAUUGGAAACCAUAAUAAUAUGUUGCAUAUUUAUCAAGAUGUGACACUGAAAUGGGCCACUCAACUUCUCCAUGUUCCUGUAGCAGUAAGAGUGGGCUGUUUACAUGAUUUAAAGGGAGUGAUAGUCACUCUGAGUGAUGAAGGUCACUUGCAGUGUUCAUACCUGGGGACAGAUCCUUCUUUGUUCCAAGCUCCAAAAGUUGAAUCUAGAGAACUAAACUAUGAUGAACUUGAUAAGGAGUUGAAAGAACUUCAGAAAGUCAUCAAAAAUGUUAACAAAUCACAAGGUGUUUGGCCCCUGACUGAGAGAGAAGAUGACCUGAAAGUCUCUGCCGUGGUUUCUCCUAACUUUGAUUCAGUAUCUCAAGCUACUGAUGCUGAAGUGGGAGCUGACCUUGUCCCUUCAGUCACAGUGAAGGUCACACUGCGGAAUCGAGUGGCACUGCAGAAGAUCAAGUUAUCAAUCUAUGUGCAACCACCUUUAGUACUAACUGAUGAUCAGUUCACCUUUGAAUCUAUGACACCAGAUAUGACUAGAACUGUAGGCUUUUCCGUUUAUCUGAAAGGAAGUUAUUUACCACCUGAAUUGGAAGGAAAUGCUGUUGUUUCUUAUUCCAGACCAACAGAGAGAAAUCCUGAUGGCAUUCCUCGAGUUAGCCAAUGUAAGUUUAGACUUCCUCUGAAAUUAGUCUGCUUACCAGGCCAGCCUUCAAAAACUGCAAGCCACAAGCUAACUAUUGAUACCAACAAAUCUCCAGUCAGUCUUCUCAGUCUCUUUCCAGGCUUUGCCAAGCAGUCGGAAGAUGAUCAGGUGAAUGUAAUGGGUUUUCACUUCUUAGGAGGGUCCCAAGUUACGCUUCUUGCUUCCAAAACCUCUCAACGAUACCGCAUUCAGAGUGAACAAUUUGAGGAUCUUUGGCUUAUAACAAAUGAGCUUAUCGUCCGCCUUCAAGAAUAUUUUGAAAAACAGGGAAUCAAAGAUUUCACAUGUUCUUUUUCUGGACCUGUGCCCCUUCAAGAAUAUUUUGAGUUGAUUGAUCAUCAUUUUGAGUUGCGGAUAAAUGGUGAAAAAUUAGAAGAACUCUUAUCUGAAAGAGCUGUACAAUUUCGGGCCAUUCAACGUCGGCUGUUAACAAGGUUCAAAGAUAAAACACCUGCGCCCCUCCAACACCUGGACACCUUGCUGGAUGGAACUUACAAGCAGGUAAUCGCUCUAGCAGAUGCAGUAGAGGAAAACCAAGCCAAUCUGUUCCAGUCAUUCACCAGGCUGAAAAGUGCCACCCAUUUGGUGAUUCUGCUGAUCGGGCUGUGGCAGAAGCUCAGUGCGGACCAGAUUGCUAUUCUGGAAGCGGCAUUUCUGCCACUGCAGCAGGACACUCAGGAAUUGGGCUGGGAAGAAACCGUGGAUGCUGCUCUUUCUCACCUCUUAAAGACCUGCCUAUCGAAGAGUUCCAAGGAACAGGCUUUGAACUUCAGCAGCCAGCUGGACAUACCCAAAGACACAAGCCGAUUGAAGAAGCACAUCACCUUGCUGUGCGAUCGAUUAGCCAAAGGUGGGCGUCUCUGCAUAAGUACUGAUGCAGCGGCUCCGCAGACCAUGGUCAUGCCAGGUGGCUGUGCUACAAUCCCAGAAUCAGACCUAGAGGAAAGAUCAAUAGAGCAAGACUCCUCUGAACUGUUUACCAACCACAAACACCUCAUGGUGGAGACUCCUGUGCCUGAAGUUUCACCCCUCCAAGGAGUCACAGAAUAG